AGUGGUGGGACGGUAGCAAGAAUAACACGACACCUCGAUCGGCUCUUCUCUCCUCAACAAAAACACGUUCAAUUUCAAGUGAGACGGAUCCCUGCUGCGUAUCAAGGAUCGAGCACCAGAAACCUCCUGGUGGAAUCAAUAGCCGACGGGAAGGAAGGUAGUUUCUUGGACAUACAUUUUUCGCGCAGCGACUCUCGCCUCGGAGGAGAGAGGAACUCUUUUUCGUUCUCUCCUCAUCGCAGCGGCGGCGGCGGCGGCGGUGGUUCGAACGGUGCCUCAUUCCUUUCGGGGUGGGGAAAAAGCCACCCUCCACCCUCUUCCGCUGCCCUCUCGCUCGCUCUCCCACGGGGGUAGCUUCGUCGAUGACGAAACGUACACGUAAAUUCGUCGACGUGCACGGUGCUGCCCCGCUGGCGAAAUCAGUGCGACCCAAGUGCACCGCGAGGCAGGAACGCGGGUCUCCGGGUGCGCGGCCUGUCGUUCCCGUGCGCGGCACGCGCGCCUCUUCCAAAGAGAGGUAUCAACCCGUUCAGAUAGCGGGUGACUCUCGCGUUAAAUAGGUCGCCGGGUACGCGAGAAGGAGCUGCCCUGGCUUCGUAAAUACCCGAGAGUCCGUAAAUAUCGAGAAGAGACAGAAUCGACGGAUGGUUCGACACAACAUUUGGCCAGUAGAACUGAAAGCGAUCGUCAGACCAAUCGAACGUAGAGGAGUCGAUGUACGACGGUGAGAGGUGUUCUACCUGUGUUUACUACCUGGCGAACGGAUAGCUGGGAGGCAUCGUCGUCGAUUAGAAGCCCAUCGAACGGACGGGAGGAAUAAUUUUGAAAAGUGAUAGACGGUGACCGGACAAAUAUUGAAAAUGAAGAAAUGAGGAGAAACGAUCAGUGCAUUAAACACCGCGGCUUUUGCAUUGGAGAUCAGGUGAAUAAUUCGAUGACACGGCUUGGCGUUUGAACUCGAGUUUGUGAACAUUGGUAAUAUCGUCGGUCAGGACGCGCGGGAUGACGUGAAAAACGCUCGGAACUGAGUUAAAACGUGGCGAGACCGCGGCGACACGCGGAUGGAAUUAAGUUGCACGACGAACACACGGGAAUAAACUAUUUGGUAUCGAUUGACGGAGACGAAGGAGCGUGUGUAUUCGAGAUGCGUGGCGGUCGAACGAAUUAGAAGGGAAAAACGGGAGCGCGGGAGGUGUUGAAGGAAGAUAAAAAGCUUCGAGCAUCGAUCUUGCGCCCGAUGCAGUUACUAUGACGCGAUACGUGCGGCCAGUCCGGAAUCGACGGGAUCUCGCGUGGACCUCGAGCAGGGGCUACGGUUCGGUGAGCUCCGGUUGAACGAUGACGACGACCGCUGGGACGAGGACAACGUCGCCGGUGAAGACGAUGACGACUGAUCGCGACGAGACGGGACUAAAAACGCUGGGUCUUCUCGACGGAAUGCAGGAGGCCGAUCGAACGCCACCCGAUGCACCUUCUUACGUGGUCUUCCCACGUAAACCUCGUUCGGUGACGUGCAUCGCGAAACAAUAAAAACGAAACGGAGGACAGACGAGAUCUAGAGGGGGGAGAAGGGGCCAAUUUUCCAAUUCUUUCGAAUAGAAUACAGAGGAAAAGGGAAUAGACGUUCGUCGAAGGAGGACAUCGGUGACAGAACUUGACUCUGGUUACGCGCACGAGAAUAAGCUGUUACCAGGAUUCAACGUGGGGCCGAUAAGGUCCGCCGAGUAAAGAAGUCGUUCUUUGCGGCGCGAUAAGGACCGCCCUUGGCACGUAAAGAUGGACUGCUGCAACUACGUCGAGGCAUACGCGCCGGGGGGGCACUUUUAUCAACAACACUACUUUUGCUACGAUAACGUGAACAACGAAUACGGUGGCUACGAGCCGCCGCCGAUCUCCUCCGCGAUCGAGACUUCCGCGAGAUACAACGGAGCUGUACCGCCUGCGUAUCCUACAGACUACGUGUACAAUCCUAAGGAGGCGAGGCUACGGAAGGCGAUGCGCGAACAGAGCCGUGAGUUGUCCAGGCGAUCGAUUCUCCAGAGCGCGAUCGCUCGAGCGGGCGUGAUCACCGGUCCGGUCGGCGCCGCCGGCUUCCUGGAUCAACAGCACCGCGUCGGUUGCAUGUCCACCGGCAGCUUGCCGAUGAACUCCUCCGUGGAGGCGGACCGUGUGGAGCCUUGGUUUCAGUCGGCGUCCCGCCCGAAGCUGAUCCACUCGCCUCGGAUGACCGACUGGUAUGGGAACGUGGCGGAUCCCAUCGAGAGACUGCAGGUGAUGAACGCGAUGCACCAGCGUAGCAUGGAGAAGUGCAAGGACGUGAUGAGAAACCAGGCCGGCGGCCAAGCGGCCAACGCCGGCGACUGCGGUGGUGCUACCUUCUCGAACGGCGGAUACCCGAUUGAUUUCAGCGACGUGAAUCGCGAGAGAGAGCUGCGUAGAGAUAACAUGGAGUACAGCGAAUUCGCCGACGGCCAAAAGUGGCAUCCUUAUCAGAAUGGCGGAGGAGCUCAUCAACAUCCCAGGACGUCUCACCCCUCGCAGAUGGGGAACGUCGUUCACCCGAGCAUACAGAGUCCUGGCGCGCACGGACACGGACCGUGGAGCCAAUUCUGCCACAACGUGUUGCCACACGCGCCGCCGAUGCCUCGGAACGUUGGAGUGCGCGGGCCACGGCACACCGUGCUGUUGCGAGACCGUCUGCCCGCCAGACAUUGCGAGUUCUCCGAGGAAACAGCGCGGAUCGCGUACACACAGAACAAGAUCGACAUGGAGAACGUGCGAGCAUCGUACACGCCUCCCGAGCAUCAGAUGCCGAGACUACUCGAACCGUCGGUAGACUCCGUCAUUGAUCCCCCGACCUCGUCGAGGAUCCGCCGCGAGGACGACGGUCCCAGGUGGGAGCCGAGCGCGAUCAAUAAUAGAAUGUCCAUGGACAAUUUGGCUCCGGCACCGGAGGCGAACGUGCAACGCGAGAAGGAACGCGAGUCCCGGCGGCAAGAGAGAUUCGAACCGAAGAAGAAGACUGUCAGCAAGCAACCGCUGCCCGGUUUUCAUCAAGCCUUCGGUUCCACCGAGAUCGGGAGGUUCUCCAGGUCGGAGUUCUUCGUGAACAUGGUCGGCGAGAGCGGAGGCAGCGUGGAAGUCGCCGACACGGACAGCGCUAACGUAAGUACAGAUCGUAUGUCCGAGGUAAACGGUGCUGCGGUCACGAGUCACGACGCGUCGUCCGUGGUCACGGCUACCGCGACGGCGACCGACGGCGACGACAGCGAGGAAACGAGUUUCGACGAAUCGAACGGAGAGCUCGCCGUCGCCCCGACGUCGAUGGGAAUCUAUUGCGACCAGCCGAGCACCCCUCGUUGGCACAGUCCCCAUGUGGGCGCCAUAGGUAGCGAAAUUUAAACGGAUCUUUAAUUCUUUCGCGGGCUAAACGAUUUAAGGGCCUCCUGAUUUCGAGUCUGAUUUACUCCCUUCGUCGAACGUCUCGUCUGAUGUUUUAUACGAGAUUCGAUUACUUUCGUCGCGUCGUGCCGAACGUCGAAUGGACGAUAACAGAUUUCAUGGAUCACAGUAGUGUACGGUCGCCUUCGCUGUGAUUCUCAGCCCGGCAGAUGUACUGCUAGUAACAAUGAAACUGAGUCAGUUCAGGCUUGUGUUAAUGUCCCCUAAAAUUCAAAACGAGUAAUAAGACUAUGUCUUAUCGUAUUAAGAUGUCAGAUCGAGCAUUGAAAAAUAAGAUGUAGACUUAUUACUCGUUUUGAAUUUUGUCGCCGUAGAGGAAACUAACACAAGCUCGAGCUGGCUCAGUAUCAUUGUUACUAGCUGUACGAACACUUUGCGUAAUUUUAUUUCUGGGCACGUACCGUGGUUCACAAAAGAAUAUUCAACUGUUGCGUCCAGAGAAAGAGGGGAUUGGAAAUCUGUGUGUGCACGUACUGUGUGAUGUAUACUUGUACGUAUAUGUGUCGAACCCUUUAAUUACUCCUGACUCUCCACGUCGUGCGCGUAAAUAAAGCCGCACCGUGGGAUUUUUUUACGAACCUUUAUUUAUAUGUAUUUUAUAGUUUAUAGAGGAUUAGCCCUCGAAAGGAAUUAGCGAUUCGUCGCGGGUGUAAGUAAGGUCAGCUGUCUGUAGAAUUGAAUUGUUCUCGACGUUGAAGUAGCGCAUUUUACCUCGUGAAGAACGAGUAAUGAACGGGUCUCCGGUUUGUGAACAGAAUCGCGACGCGUCGGUGGUCACAUACGAAUGGCGUACGAAACGUCCCGGCAAACCGAAUUCACGCACGUUUGUCGAGAUUGUGCCUUUCAAACCUUACGCAGCUGUCAGAGAUCAUCAAAAUUUUCCGAACGAAUCAAAAAUAAUAUGAAACUAGUCAAAAGCACGAUGUCCGUGGGUCUCGUACGUCGACUAUCGAGUUCAGCAAUUCACGUCGGGAAUGCAUUAAAGUGUUUCAUAUCAUUAAACCAAGUCUCGGUUAAAAUGUUAGAAUUUUUUUUUAAUACUUCUGUUCACGAGUUUCAAACGUUUCUAUAAAAAAACGUCAGAGAUUAUUUUAAUUGCAAGAUUACAGUAAAUCAUUGAACGUAAUAAAUUCUGAAUGAAACUUCUUUUCUUUAAGCUUGCCAAUUUUUUUAUCUUACAAGACAGAACACGUUUCAUUCGGUUAUACGUCGCGUUGUGAGAUUCGUGAACGGAGGUGUGUUCUAACGAAGGUAGACAGCAGUUCGUGAAUCGCUGAAACUCGGUAGGGAAAUAUAAUCAAAAUGUGUCGAUGAAAUUACUCGAUCGGCACCUUCCAUCAAGUUGUUAGAUGUCGUCGAUGGGAUACGUGAUUCGUGUACCGACGAUUAAUUAUAUAAAUAUAUCAAAUAUAUAUAUUUAAAGAAAUAUAUAUAUAUAUAUAUUGUACUUAUAUGUAUAAUGGAAGAACGAAGAACGCGCGACGAAAGAAGGUAUGUAAGUUGUUUAGUAGACUAAUUAGGCGACACGUAUUGCCGCGCGGAGAAACGUAUAAAUAAAAGUGAACAAUUAUCGCGAAGAUAGGAAGUCGAAAAAGCCGAACACCCUUCUACAGGUGAAUAUCUCUUCCGAAGGGAACGCACGUUACUUCUUGCAUUCAGAACUCAUUUCUCAUUACUUAGUUGAACAUAGAAGAGAAAAGAAUAUCGUCACUUCUGUGUGUUAAAACGUAAGCGAAAAAUGAAAAGACUAAUAGAGAUGGUAAGACUGUAGUUUUAACUUCGGACAAUGUCAAAUCUUUAUCGGAAAUCUUUGAUAUAAUCCAUUUUCAUCGCACGUUUAAUAUUCCACUCAUUAAAACCAUACUGGGACCUUUAAAUUUCGUUUCUAAAAUCGACGUUUCUAGGAUCUCUUUAACAUUGACAGUGCGAUAUUGUCUCCAGAAUGUCACUGACUUCAAAUAUUAAUGAAUUUACAAGGGAAUGUGUAAAGCUUAUAAAUGUGACGUAUAAAAUUAUUCACAAUAUCGAAAGCGUUUUUUUAAACUGAUACUAUGAACGUCUCGUUCUGCAUGGAAAUCCGCAGUCUCCAUCGUUGAUGUUCGGUUAGAUAAAAUCACAGGAAUUUAAUUGUGAUAUUGGGAGUUGGAUUAUUUUCUUAAUUAAGAAAUUGUUCGUUUAUGAUCGAGUUCUGAAUACUGUACGGGCGCCUAGGACUCGCGUUGAUCGAUCAAUCGGUACAUCGACUUGACAUAAUUCGUGCCAGCUACCCUGUACCUAUAAUGGGACCAAAUCAAAAGGAGAAGCUUUUAUUUCGCGUUCACCGUCGCGCUUACGUCCCACCGUAUUUUAUCGCGUAUCAAAGCCUGUCCUCGUUCUGUUCGUUCGAUCGGUUCGAACAAGAGCCAAGAAUCCGUGACCCACCUUGAAAUCAUUUGAAAACGGUCAGACUCGAGAAAACGCGUCGACAAAUUAACGGCACCGUUUUUAAUGAAAUAGUGACUUCGAGGCGAGCGUCAAGAAGUUCAGCGUGUUCAAUGAAUUCUCAACUUUUAAAGUCGAACAAAUGCGGUUCGGUCGUACGUUGAACGCGUUGAACAUUCGUGAAAGUAAAUGAACGCGAUUCACGAGGAACAAGGGCCGGGAAAAAUUGUCCCGUCGAGCAAGCAGUCGGCUUGAACAUUGCCUGUUCAAUGUUCAAUCUGGUCGACCCGAGUUCGUAAUGGACACAUUGAUGCGUUAGUAGAGGCACUUAAACGAUGGCAACGUUCGACUUUUUUGUUCCCGGAUAGGAACGUCCGAGAGGCACGGAAUGAUGUAAAUGCUGUGAUUUGUUUUAAAAUUAAUCGAUCGUAGAUUAUAAAGGUACUCGCAGCAGGUGAAAUGUCUGCUGAAAUAUCGUCGCGGCGUCAGGGGAGGCGAGUUGUGAUAAAGAAAAAUAAAGAGAGAGAGAGAGAGAAAUGAAACUCUGUAUGUAAGGAGUUUCAACGAUACGCGUCGUUGUUCGUCUUAGAACAAUCGUUGUUUUAACUUUUGGAUUAUUGUAUAGCGUCGUACGAAGACACGAACCACUUUACGGAGGUCCAAACUUUAGAAAUUUUCUAUGAUUCGUUUUACUCGUUUAACGGUGAUGAAAUGGGCCGAAUUCUAACGAACCAGCGUUUUACUUCGAGUGGACCAAAAGUUAAGACAACCAACGGAAUUAUAUCUUCGAUUCUAUCACGCGGAAUCUCGUCGUCUCGAAAACGUGAAUCCUACCUGUACAUUGAGGAAAUUUUAGAAAUGCGUUAAUUACUUGAAAAUUUUAAUAAUUUUGUUACUUUAUCGAUCUGCUGCCGCAGACUGUAAUAUAACUAGAAAUAACGAUUCUACGUCUUACGAUUUUAAGGGACGAGAACGUGAGCCCAUAAUCCGCGUUUCAUUAUUGGCAACGAUAUUAAGCGUAGAGAUAGUAACCGUCAGCCACCGAAAGAAACAACAAAAAAAAAGAGCAAAAAAAGUGUGUGAGAGACGGAGAGUGUGAGAGAGAGCGAAAGAGAGAACAGUGUCAAAACGAUUAAACAA